GAAAGCUCCUUACGGCCUCGAAAAGUCUGAUAGCUAUGGGAGCUAUGGACCGACGGGCCCAUAACGUGCAGUAUCUUGACCCUGCUGUGCAAGCACAGCAUCAAACGACACAUGAUGUGAUGGUGAUUGGACGCCAUGAGCAACAUGGCUAUCUAUUGCUUUUGAACAAUCGAUCUUACGGCAAAGAAUUUCGGCUUCCGUGUGGGAAGUUCGAGCACCACAAGAUCGGCGGUGAAGGCUACUACGCAGUGGCGAAGAUUGCGGCAAUUCGAGAGAUGAUGUGGCAGACAGGGAUGAAGCUGACGCCUUCGCGUUUCAAGCGGAUUUAUUUCCCUGCACACGUUCAGGAAAGGCUUGGCAACAAAGUCUUCUUUGAAGUUGCGCUGCAUGAUGACGACUCCCUGGAGGACGGCGAGACGGCGAUGUCCGGAGAACAGGAUUUCUGGUUGCGACUGGCACACAAUGAUGGCUACACCUUCCACAAAGACCUACGUCAUGCGGUGAGUGCCUUGCAGGGAACCAGUCGGACCAUGGCCAGGGCUCUGCUGGCCACCGAGGCGAUGUACCGUGCUGAGACCUGUUGCCUGGGAGGAGUGAUGGUGAAGAUGGCCCGGAAAGUCUGUGACUUCUGUGGCUGGCCUUAGAUGGCAUAUGAAGAGGAGAAGGGGCCAUCAUUGUUUUUUUCGCGAUGGGAUGUUUGAUCACCUGUCUUCCGGUGAGCUGAGAUGCAUUUGAAGCUCUCGCCUGUUGGUGUGUUUUUUGCCUCUGAACCGCUUGAUUCAACGUUUUGCGGCGGAGGCGAAAACCGGACAAUUCGACACUCAGCCAUCACCGGUGCGUACAGCCUUUCAGUAGAGCCCCAAUUCUCUUGAGCUAGCGAACCUAGAUGACAAAAA